AUGCCGCGCGCCGCGACGCCGCUGCGCCUACUGCUGCUGCCAUUUCUGCUCACCGGCCUAUGCCACUGCCAGCCGGCGCAUACAGACGCCCCCGACGCCACCAAAGCCUCCAACGACACAGUGACAGUCUUCGUGCUGAGCGAUGCCACCGCCAACAAUACCGCCUUUGAUUCUGACAACGAAACGCUGGCGGACGCCGAUCACGAGCCGAUCGUGCGCAAGAAGAGGACCUUCGGCGACAUAGUGUUCAGGGGGCUGGCCGACGUGCUGGGGUACAGUGUGGCGCGGAAGCCUGCGCAAGUGAAUUUCCCGCCACCGCUGGCCCCCGUGCCCGGGAUCGGUUUGCCGGCCCAGGCGGCGGCGCCCGCCCCAGCGCCAGCUCCCGCGCCGGCACCCGCACCGGCCGCCCCUGCGCCUUGUGGCUCACCUCGUGCAGCUCCGACCCCAUGCCGAGCUCAGAGGCCGCCACCUCCCCCUCCCAAGCCAAGGCCACCGCCACCCUGCCCGAAACCUAGGGCAGCUCCUAGGGCCAAGCCUAGACCACCACCACCACCACCGCCACCUCCUCCUCCACCACCACCUCCGCCGCCUUGCGCCAAGCCUCGUGCCAAUCCUACCACACCUUCACCUUGCGCCCCACCACCCCCACCUCCACCACCGCCACCUAAACAAGCCGACAACCUAGAGACGAUCUCUUCCAAUUUCCGUCUUGAUUUCAAUUUCAACAGGGCUCCGGCUGCUUCUGCACCCGCCGCCGCCGAGCCAACUGCAGAGGAACAGGAACAAGAACAGGAGCAAGAGCAGAUAGCACCUGUUGCGAUCGAACCUCGCGCCGCUCGCUUGCCACUGGAACAGCCUCGUGAGCCACGGGUUUACGUGGACGCUUUCGUCGUUCGAAAUGGUGUUGCACAGAAGGUAGCCGCUGUGGAUGCCCAGCACUUUAAUUCUCAAAGAGCGCCUCUGGAGGAUGAUUACCUUUUGUAUGACGAGGAAGAAGUACAGCAAGUUCCGGAAGAUGAUUAUGAAGAUGUUCAGGAGUCCCGCGACAGAGUAAAGGCAGUACAAGACUUCGGUAAAGCCGUAGACAAAUUUUGGGAGCCCAAAAAGAGAAAGUCUAAAAAGAAACUGCCAGCUAACGACUACCGAAACGUGCAUUUCGGAGAUCGGGAAUUGGCUGAUCAAUUACGAAGACGCAGCGACCGCGGAUCACAUCAAAACUUACAACUGGAACGACAACAACCAAACAGAAUCCCCCUACCAUUACCUGAAGCCGAUGAAGACACUGAGGUGACCACGACCACUGAAGAUCCUAAACGCCCUUUAAGACCACGCGUGCUCCCACCGACAGAGCAUAAUCCCGGACAAAUUGAUACCGUCACGGUUCGGGUGCCGCCGAUCUACAAGGAGAGGCGUCCGAAAAAGUUGAAUCGCGGGAAACCAAAGAGACCAGAGCGUCCCGAGCACCCAGAUCGCGAUGAAGACGAGGAGACGCAGGACAGAUCGAGUGAAGUCGAGGACGAUGCUGAUGUUGAGGAUAGUGCGCUGGUUGCUCGUACUGAGCGUCCCAUCAGGCGCAAGCGCCGGCGCAAGCAGCGGCGCGAUAAACGCUCGAUCGAGAACGAAUCCUACACGGCGGGGGACUACGACUAUUACGGCAAAAAGCUUCCCAUAUCUGACGAGGAGGAGCACUUUAGGGGCCUCACCGUGCCACCUCCGACUAGAGACUCUGACCUCGCACGCCUAGAGCAGGCGCCCGAGGAAGAUCACUUUUUAGACGACCACGAGAGAAUUUCCGAAGAUCCGGAAAUUGUCGGAGAAGACGAGAGGUCGGACGACGACAGCGAAGUCGAUGAGACCGAAAGAGCUGACGACUCGGGGCGAACGGACGAUGGUGAGCGCUCGACAAAAGACCCAGAAAAGGUGGGAGAUUCCGGACGUGCCGACGACAGCGGCAGGGCGGACGAACGGGAGCGCACCGACAAACUGAGCCCCAACGCGCGCGUCCACGAGACCGGCUUCCAGAACAACUACGUGAGGUCGACAAACGUACAGGUCGACGAUCCGCGCCCACUCGUCGCCACCGUCGAAAAGAAGACGACAAAGAUAGGCAAAGUG